AUGUCACUACCUUUCAACGCCAGUGCCACUGGCUCACCUCUUCCUUCUCUUACCGCCUCAGUCUCCGACCUCCCACAGGCGCAGGUUGAUGCGAUUAUACGGACCAAGCGAAAAGCUCGCGAACCCAAGGCCUGCUAUCCCUGUCACACACGCAAGGUCAAAUGUGACCGCAAUCUGCCCUGUAGUGGCUGCGUCAAGCGCGACCACGCAGAUCUAUGCUCCUAUGAGCGCCCUUCAAAGAAGCGCCAGAUUUCUGCUCAAGCGUACGUAGCAGCAGCAGCCGCAGCGGCCACAGCGACCUCCAGCAGUGGGGGAGAUGUUGGCAGUCUGCAAGUCAGUACGACGGAGCUGCCAUUAGGCCAGGCUGGCGCCUCUGGCAAGGUUUCCAUACCCAAGGAAGAAUGGGACAAUGUUUGCGCCAAGCUGAAAGACAUGGAAAAUAUGAUCACGUCGCUUCGCGCGGGACUGGAGCAGGUGGAUUCUGGUCAGGUGGUUUCGUCGACCAUACCAAGUGCUACUACGACAGGCCGUUCAGGGGAUUCUUUCCCCGAGAGGGAAGGGAUCCAUGCAUCGAAUGAGCUGGGGAACGGGACUGUGCAUUUGGGAUCGAGGUCGGUCUUGGCAUAUCUUCUUGGCCGAUCCGGUACGUCGCAAGAGGCCUCCCAAGCACUGCUUGAAGGGGGUAUUCUUCCAAAGCUAGGACUCGACAAUGAAACUGCCACCUACCCAUUCGUUGAUCUGUGGUCAACAGAUAUAUCUACAUUCGAUAUCCGCGCAGUGUGCGCAGUUUUACCAGAUGACGAACAGUGUAGGAUGUUCAUUCGGCGCUAUCGAGAUAUUGGCGCAACCAUUUAUCCGGUUAUUCCGGACAUCGAACAGUUUGAAGCAUAUGUAGAUACUCUCCUGCAGAAUCGGGCAAUAUGGGCCGACCUGCAUUCAGAUUCGAGCGAGGAAACAGAGAGGCCCUAUGGCAUGACUCUUGCUUUUAUUGGGUUGUUAUUUGCGGCAUUGGCUGCUGGCUGCCAAUCAUCCGACCUCCCUAGCAAGGAGAGGGAGUUGACUUCCCAAGUGUAUGUAUGCUGUUCAUAUCAGUUUCUACGAAUGACAAAUUUCCUUUCCCAACCCACCCUCGAAGCCAUACAGACAUUGCUCAUAAUUGGCAAUGUUCUCUCUUACAAUAUGAAUCCAGGGGUUUCGUACGUCUUACUAGGGAUGACUCUGAGAAUGGGUCUAGCCCUUGGUUUGCAUGUGGAAGCAAACAGAUUUUCAGCCAAUGAGCGGUACAUACGACGAAGGGUUUGGUGGUCGAUGGCAUGGCAAGACAGCCACUUUUCGCUCUCAUACGACAGGCCAUCGACAAUGGCAUUUAGUCAACCUGAUAUACCGUACCAUGCAAACUCACAACCAGGAAACCGUUCGUACUUCGAAACUCUCAGCCUGAUGACCUCACUCACCCUGGAAAUCCUCAGGGCGCGCAUGCUCUCACCCCACUCGCAAAUGUCAGUCUCGGUCAUUCAAGCGUACAGAGACGAACUCCAAAGAAUCAUGGCAGAUGUAGCUCCACAUCUCCGCGAUCCACAAUACUGUCUCAGCCCCUUCGACCACCUCGAAAGAUUAGGAUUGAAACUACAUUCAUCCUACAUAACAUCAGAACUUUGCCGGCCGGCCCUUAAAAAUGCCGAAUCAAAGGAUGCCAGCUGGGUUGCCAUACGCAAGGACUGCAUCGCAGCGCUUGCCGGCACCAUCGAAGCCUACGUAGAAUUAUACUCCGUCAGCUCCCAGGCAUCGCGAUCAUGGAUCGGCCUCCAACGUGCCAUCAGCUCCGCCUUCCUCCUCGCCGUAAUUGGCGAAUCCAAAAACGACCCGCACAUCCUGCAACUCCUCCGCCGGUUAGAAACAGUGAUAGCAGAACGCGCAUCGUCCGAGGGCGCCUUCACCGCUCCAGCUGCCACUACAUCAACCACCACAACCGCAGCCUCAACCACCAACCCAUCCAGCAGCGACAUGACAUCACCGCAUCAAUCCUACGGAGCCCCAAAACUCGAACACUCCGAAGUCAUCAAAGGCACCACUAACAUCUCCACCCCAUGCUUCGACCCGGUCUCCAUCGCCUCCACAGCCCCAGUCCCCGUCUCCGUGCCCGUGCACACACAAACGCAAUGGGCCAAGCCACUAACCAAAUCACUUCGCGCGCUCCAGAAGCUCAACGCUGUCUUCUGCAUACAGAACAAGCAGAACGCAUCCCAGGGCCAUGGGGGUGCGGGGACGUUGCCGACACCUUCUUCAGCAUCCACCCCCAACGUUGGGCCGGGCGGUUUUCCACAGACCAGUGCAGGGCUGAAUCUGGUAGCUACGAAGACGGAGUCGUUACCUCCUCAUACGCCUGAGAGCACGACGAGUGGAGAGUGGACAUUGCCGAAUUUGAUGGAUCGGGCGGCGGAGUAUAUUCAUCCGCCGUUGUGGGCGUGA